AUGUCCCGUGACCGACUCCCAAGAAGUCCUUCAGUAGCUCCCUCAAAUCUAUCGAAAAUUGACCGUGAUAGCAAAAGUGACGUGUCAGGCGCUGACAGCCUCGAAAAGCCUGGGCCGUCCGCCCGACUUGGACUGAAAGGGGAGGCAAUAGCGAGGGCUGGUGGAGGGCACAGAACGGCUAGCCCGGCAAAACGACGGGCUUCAGAGAUGAACGGUCAAGAUGGGGAUGUCAAGAUGACUGGAGAUGAACAGGCGGAGGCGGAGCCAGAUGGAGCAUUUGACCCGAGCGCAAGCAUCAGAAGAGCAAAUCAGGGUCCACUUAUGCAGCAUGUUGUCAAGUCAUCUAGCGACGCGACUGACCAGGGAUCGACUGAAGCAGCCUCACGUACAUCGCAGAAUGGAGGUUCAAGAGCAGGGUUCGAGGGCAUAGCGCCGGCUUCUGGAUCUGACCCGCCCUCCAUCGACGACCAGAUCACAAAAGUACUCGCACUUGCGCAGGGUAAUUGGUUAGAAGAAGGCGUGAAAGCAUAUUUAGUCGCAAGCAAUUGGUUAGAAAGAGUGCUCUCCCGAGGAAAGGGCGAAGCGAAGAAUCACAGCAAAGGAGCCCAAGAGGGUCCGAUUGGUCCCGUUGACAAUAGCAGUAUUUGGCUAGAUACUGAUGCCGCAGCCAAGUAUGAGGAUGAGAAGGGUGAGGAGUUCAUUUUCCUCAAACCCCAGGUGACACUGAGAGAUGAUUUCGAGUUAUUACCCCAAGAAGCCUGGGACUUGAUAAUCAAAUGGUAUGGCAAAGCUGAAGGAUCGCCUAUCAUUACGAGAUACUGCCACAAUACCAGCACCAACGAAUAUCAAGACAAUCUACAGUUCGAGCUCUUGCCGCCUAUCUUUACUGUUCUCAAAUUGCCAGAUACGACACAAGGGCUUUCUCCGAAGGAUUUGAAAGAGAAAGGCGCCACUCCGGUUAAGCUCUUGGCUAGUAGGCACGACCGCUACGUAGACUUUCUGAAGCGAGCUAAGAAAGAAGCCAAUAUUGACAUGGCAACAAAGGUGCGCGUGUGGAGGAUCAUGGGCGGGCUUGGGGAUUCGCAACAAGAUGGCAUGCUUACGCCUGCUCAAUCGCGAAGUACUUCUCCUGCUCCCGGUUUCGUCCCUACAGUAGAUCCUGGUGAUAAGCUAGUCAUUGAUCUUAAUACAUUUUCACAGCUUCAGCUAGGCUCUCACCGCGAGGUCAUUGAUGCCAAGGACGAGACCCACAACCCCAACUACAAUGGUAAAUCGACUCUCGAUCUGAUUGGACUGAGACAACCCGAAGUCAUUGUACUGGAAGAGAUGAUUGGUGGCCCGUGUGGUGGUGAAUGGAUAUCUGAUGCCUCGACAGCCAAAGCUCAACAAAAUGGGAUUGCCAUCAGCGUCACAAAAGCUGGCUCUACGACUGUGAAGGACUCGUUGAAGCCGAGUGCCGCUAGCAGUAGGGGUGUGAGCCCUGCGCCUGCUGGUAUGAUGACGAGAGGUCGGCAGAAUAUGAUCGGGAAGAUUCGAGGAACUACGGGAUUAGGAAACCAGGGCAAUACCUGCUACAUGAACUCUGCACUACAAUGUGUCCGCAGCGUCCAAGAGCUGACGCUCUACUUCCUGGAGGAUAAUUACAAGCCUGAGUUGAACCCUUCGAACCCGCUCUCUCACAAUGGCGAUGUUGCUAAAACAUACGCCAAAUUACUUCACGAGAUGUACGACCCGAAACAGAAUUCUUCCUUCACACCUCGAAAUUUCAAGAAUGUAAUCGGGAAGUAUGGGCCGUCGUUCUCGGGAUACCAACAGCAAGAUUCGCAGGAAUUCCUACUCUUCCUUCUUGAUGGCUUACAGGAGGACCUCAACCGCAUUCACAAGAAGCCAUACAUAGAGAAACCAGACUCAACAGAUGAAAUGGUCAACAAUCCGGCCGCGCUGCGCGAAAUGGCUGAUAAAUGCUGGGAGAUCUACAAGAAGCGAAACGACUCGGUGAUCACAGACCUGUUCGCUGGCAUGUACAAAUCGACACUAGUCUGUCCAGUGUGUGAUAAAGUCUCGAUUAUUUUUGAUCCUUUCAACAAUUUGACACUUCAGCUUCCGAUACAAAACAUAUGGUCUAAAAAUAUCUGGUUCUUUCCCCUACGAGCGGCACCUUUCCAGGUUGCGGUCGACAUUGACAAGAACGCCCCUUGGUCGGCGCUGGCCGACUAUUUUGCUCAGAAGCUCGAUCUUGAUCCAAGGAGGCUUAUGAUGGCAGAGGUCUGGCAGAACAAGUUUUACAAGAUUUUUGAAAGCAAAAAGUCUAUUAACGAAGACAACCCUUCUGAGAGCGACCAUAUCGGAUGUUUCGAGCUUGAGGACACACCCACUAAUUGGCCAGCCACUAAAAAGCAAAAGAAAUCCGUUUACUACCCUCAAGACGAGGAGAUAGUUCCCGAGGGCGACUCCCCAUUAGCUGACCGUAUGCUAGUGACCUUGUUCAAUCGAAGGCCUAAGAAUUCUCAUUCUAGAUUUUCGUCAAGGGAAUUCUUUGGAGCGCCUUCACUCAUGAUUAUCACCCGAGAAGAAGCCAGAGACUAUGAUGCAAUACUAAAGAAAUGUCUUUCGCGGGUUGAGACACUGACUACGAGAGACUUCUUGAGGGAAGAAGAGGCGGGUGAUUCCGUGACGGACGAUUCUGACACUAUUGUGUUGAACGCCGACGACUCAUCCGAUGGAAAGGUUCAGACAGAGUCCCUAGAGAGCGAGGACGGCAUGGUCGACAUCUCGACGAAAGAUGACCACACAGAUCCGCCUCCCAACUUUCAACGCAAGCCGGUCGCCAACAUGUUGAGACCUCGAAGUUUCAUUACUCCAGGCGUCAGAAACUUAUUUGAGGCGAGGACCUUCUCUCCAGGCUCGGAGAUGGUUCCUUUAGGUUUCCAGACCUUCAUGUCUGAUGAUGAUAAGAAAUUGCCAUCUCUAGCGUCUAGAGCGAGCGCUGCAACGCCUGACGAGCUGCAAGAGGACACUAGAGCGUCACAGUUUCCUGCCAAAGAUGCUUACAAGCGUCAUAUGGAUCGCCUUGGACAAGAUACUCCACCCAGCAGUGAUGAAGAUGGAGACUUACCUCCGCCAGCUCAACCUCUCACCGCAACUCUCGAUGACGAUGAUGAUGAUGAGGGCCUCCCCGAUGUCGAACAAAUAAUUCAAAAACCUGUUAUCCAACGGACUGCAGCAAGAAAUAACACCCCUGCAAAUCGUAGGCUGGUCAAAAAUACAUAUGCAAAAAGGGACAAACGGAAGGGAAGAACACCUAAUCCUGUCGGCUUUGACGGCGCUUCCGAGGAGCUACCAGACUCUAGCCAGCCUCUCCUGCGACUUGGCGAAUGCAUCGUACUUGACUGGACUGAGGAAGGUUAUGAUGCCCUAUUUGGCGGCAUGGUAGCAAUGGACGAAGAUGGUCCCGCCAGAGGCUUACCAACUUGGGAUGAUUUGCCUGUGCACCCUGAUCCCGAGCUCGAGGAGAAGAGAAAAUUGCGCGCACAGCGCAGAAAGACAGGCUUUAGCUUGGGUGACUGCCUUGAUGAGUUUGGUAAGCCGGAGAUCCUCUCAGAGAAUGAUGCUUGGUUCUGCCCACGAUGCAAAGAACACAGACGGGCAAGCAAAACCUUUGAAUUGUGGAAAGCGCCAGACGUCCUUGUAAUCCAUCUCAAACGCUUCAGCACUCAAGGUCGCCUAAACAACAAGCUGGAUGUCUUCGUUGACUUCCCACUUGAAGGAUUGGACCUAUCUUCAAGGCUUGCAACACCCACGGAUGACGAUAAACCACCAAUUUACGAAUUAUUUGCAGUUGACAAUCAUUAUGGUGGUCUUGGAGGAGGUCACUACACUGCCUACGCUAAGAAUUUCAUAGACAAGCGUUGGUACGAGUACAAUGAUUCCUUUGUCACUCCAAGGAAAGACGAAGGCGUCAUAACGCCAGCGGCUUACCUCCUUUUUUAUCACGAAUUCUCGCGCGCCUUCCCCAAACCCGAAGUCGGGGGAAGGCAAGCGUCUCGACGGCUCCUCCGCAAUGGCUUGUCGAGCGCUUUACCAGGAGUAGAAGCGGCUCACCAAGCGGGAGGUGGUGGCCCAGUAUCAGUAGAUCCAACAGCCAUGGUACUGACGAAGACUGACGGCGACGACGAAGAAGACGAAGAAGAAGAGCUGCCUCCAUACAGCGCCGUUGAUCGGAACCACGACCGGAUGGAAAUGGACGAUCAUGAAGACGAAGGUAUCAGCAUGGCAGACCCCUCGAAUGGGGGUAUGCGUGGUGGGGGUUCAAUGUAUGAACACCCGGCAUGGUCGUUCAACAGCCUUGAUGAGAAUCUGGGCACACCCAUCAACAAUCAAAAUGCGACGAACAAUAGUGAGGAGGAGAACGACAAGGAGAGCAUGAACGCUGCGAGUGGAGGCAGCAUAGACAGUGAUGGGCAUGAUCGGAUGGCCGACUUCUUAGAGGAUCAAGGAACGACGAUGAAUGCGUUUGGGACUCCGCCGGUGGGCGAUAUUCCAGACUGGAAUGAAGAGGGUGGUAUGAUUGAUGAGUCGCCGGUUGCUGAGGUACGAGUUUCUCCUCCUACUGAGGGGGAGAAGGCGGAGGGAGAGGCGGUAGAUGAGAAGAUGAAUUGA